AUGCGGACGAACUAUCAACGUCUGUGCAAUCGCUCCCACGGAUACGCCAAUGUGAAGGAGGCGGUGCAGGAGGCAUACGAGAGCGAGUAUGUGCAGAGCGUCUGCCACUUGCACAUUUCGUAUAUACGGAUAGUGGAUACCUACCACCCCGAAAUUCGGCGGCUGGCGGAUUUGGUGAACUUGGUGUGCCGCCUGUGCCGUUUCCACCAAGAUGACGAGACGGAAGCUGUUGACAGCCUGUUGUUCCAUUCGAGCAUCAAGAUCUGUCGACCAGUCGCUGGUUAA